AUGCAGAAACCCAAGAUUUGGUCAGCUCCCCGUGACAAGUUCGUCAGCGUGAUAAAGCCUUCCUUCUUAGCUGUGGACGAAGAUGAGGACAUGGAUGCUAUCCUUGCGAGAACCCAUAUCGUACUCCUCACGGACUCAGGUAUCUACUACCGCAUUGCUGGUACAUCGAAAGAUCCGGUGGAUUUCAUCGAGUGGGGUACUGAUCCCAAGGACUUGCUCGCCCCCUCGCAGCACAUGAUCUUCAAACAGUACAAGAUGAACCCGCGUCUCUACAAAUAUCCGGAAGAGUACUUUAGAGAUCUCGUGUGGUCCCAAGAGCUUCUUCGUCGUGUACUCAACGGUGAAACCAUUCCUCGCAGCUCCACAGUGCUCGGUUCAAGUCUCUUUGGCGUCCACACCGAAAGGACUGCUGUGGAGUCACAUCCGUCGCUUCUUCCUCCUGCUGAGCUAAGUGCGACAGUCAAGCAAGAACAGGUGUCUCACGCAUUCCAAACGCUCAAGAAGUCUCCGCUCCAGACCAUCAACCUGGAAUCACCUUCGCCCAAGAAGUCUGACAGUGCCAGCUCUACCUCGCCAAUGCCCAAGCGUGCUAGGAUCGCAGCACCAGCCUCUGCAUCAGCUCCUCUAAAUCCAAAUUUUCUGGAACACGAUGCUGACGACGACAUCAUGCCAGAAUUAGGGCACCAGCCGGAUGAGCUGGAGCAGGAGCUGGAGGAACUUAUGGACCGAAUGGACACGGAUGACUGA